CCUCCCUCCGCGUCGCCCAGGUCGAGCUCGUCCUCCUCCCCUCUCCCUAAGUUGGAUGAGGGGGAGGGAGGACGACAUGUCGCUCGUCAACGGCGGCGCCGUGCCGCUGCGCGUCCCCGAGGCCGCCGCCGGCCCGGCCGUGCUGGUGAAGAACCUCUACCUCUCCUGCGACCCCUACAUGCGCGGCCGGAUGCGGGACUUCCACGGCUCCUACAUCCCCCCGUUCAAGCCCGGAUCUGUUAUAGAAGGGUUGGGCGUGGCAAGAGUGGUGGACUCCACUCAUCCGGGGUUCGUCGCCGGCGACAUUGUUUCGGGAAUGACUGGCUGGGAGGAAUACAGCCUGAUUGACAAGCCUGAACAGCUGAACAAGAUUCAGCAAAGCGACAUACCACUCUCCUACCAUCUGGGGCUUCUCGGCAUGCCUGGUUUUACAACUUACGUUGGAUUCUAUGAAAUCUGCUCACCGAAGAAAGGAGAGUUUGUCUUUGUUUCUGCUGCAUCUGGAGCAGUUGGUCAGAUUGUCGGUCAACUUGCAAAGCUCCAUGGCUGCUAUGUUGUCGGAAGUGCUGGAACAAAUGAGAAACGCAAGACUGGGUGCACCUUAAACUGCAAGUGCAAGGAUUGCCGUAAUCCCUUUGGGGCCAGAGAGGCUGGUGUGUCCAACGCUAGUCCAGGAGAAACCACACCACCAUCAAGCACUGGAACGAAACCCGACCGAUGCCAUUACAAGGUAAACAGAUGCAAAAAAGCGGGGCUGUUACUGUGUGAAGCACAAGGUCAGGUGCACCUCAUAUUGCAAGUGCCUAGGGUGUGACAAUCCCAAGGGGGUCAAAGGAGGUGAGUUGAACACCGGAUCAGGAAGUGCUGAUGGCGUAGGCAACAUACCUGACGAAGCAGUGCAAACGACCACACCAUCAAUUACUGAACCAGGUCAGGUUGAUACUACCAGCAUGGCAUAUUGUCCGGAUCAACCCUCACGGCCUAUGAGCGAGUGACUAGGAUUCUAGGUAACUGAGAGGAGCUCUGCUGCUCAGGUGCUACACAAACGGAAGCAUUCCGUGGAUACUGAAGGUGCCCUUGCAGUUGCAGAACACACAGUGCAAACUGAACCAUUGGCUAGUGACACCAAUACACAGACAAUUUCAUCUCAGACUGAACUAAAUACAAAGGAGCAUCAGGCUGCAAUAGUUAUUCAAUCAGCCUUUCGAGCAUUCUUGGUUGCCACGCGGAUGCUCUUUGGACUACGAUAUGGACAUGAAGACAUUUGUUUUAGUGCCAAAUAUUACUUACUAAUGCCCACAAAGUAUCGUU